UAAAUAUAUAUAUGAAUAUCGUUUCGUGAUUUUGGGGCCAAAAAGGAUUUUCACUUUUAGAGGAGUCGCUGCGUCGACCGGCACAUGGAAAACUAGUUCAAGGCUGCCUGCCUCAACCUGUUGCGGUGCUCUUUAAACCGAACCGAUCUACAAAUCUAUCUGUCAACAGACGCUACAAUUGUUGCUGCCACAACUGUAAAAAUGGAGCUAACGUUGUCGCCAAAAGAAACGGAGGUGCGUCCCGAUACGAUACCGGACCUCAAGGUGGAUGCCACAUUCCGCAAGGUGCCCAAGCAUGCAAUAAGUUUUGCACUGUGGAAAAUCGAUGAGGAUCGGUUGGAGGCAGUGGCUCGCUCGCAAUAUGGUACCUUCUACGACAACUGUGCCUACAUCAUCUAUGCAGCCAACUUGGUGGGACACUAUGCCAACCACGAAACCAUCACACGCGAACAGAAGGCGAAUGUGCCGCUGGAGCGUUACAUUCACUACUGGCUGGGCAACAAUGUCACCGAACAGAAUCGCUCUAAUGUCGUCCACAAAAUCCAGGAGCUCGACUCCUAUCUGGGCAAUGUGGCGUCCAUUUAUCGCGAGUCGCAGAAUAAUGAGAGCGCUCGCUUUUUAUCCUACUUUAAGAAUGGCUAUGAUGUACGUUCCGGAGCCUUGGUCAAUCAGCCAGAGCAGACGAGUCUCUUUCAGUUGUAUGGGCGCAAAUGGUUGCGUGCCGUUGAGUUGGCCAACAUUGAUUGGACGCACUUCAAUUCGGAUUACAUAAUGGUGCUGCUUAUGGACACCAUUACAUUUGUAUGGAUCGGACGCGCCAGUGCCUCCAUCGAGCGUCGCAGCGCCUUGGCCUGGGUGCAAAGACAGCGCAAGGAUGAUGCUGCCACACUCUGCAUUGUGGACGAUGGCUACGAGCAAUCGAUGAGCGCCGAGCAGAAGCAGCUGUGGAACACGGUGUUGCCGCUGCAACAACGUAUAGUUUAUCAGACAACCAAGUCGGGUAGCGAUUGCAAUUACGAUUGCAACAGUAACAACAACAAUAAUAAGACCAACGGCAACAGCAGCAACAACAGCGACAACAGCAACAGCAGCAAUGGCAGCAAUAAAUUUCGCAUUUACAAAUGCAAUCAACGCGGACGUUUGCAUCUGGAUCAACUGGAUGUGGGCAUGCCCGGCAAGGAUGACCUGAGUGAUGCCCAUGGCGUCUAUUUGCUGGACAACUAUGGUCAGAGCAUUUGGCUGUGGGUCGGUGCGCAGGCAACCCAAGCGGAUGCCCUCACAGCCAUGGGCAAUGGACGUGCCUUUGUCAAGAAGAAGAAAUACCCGAAUAGCACUUUGGUGGUGCGCGUCCUCGAGGGCCACGAGCCCGUCGAGUUCAAGCGUCUCUUUGGCAACUGGCUGACCAUCUGGCAGGAUAAUACACGGGGCCACAAGCCCGUCUCCACCAAAUUUGGCAAAUUGGAUGCUGUGCUGCUGUGUGAGCGACCCAAAAUGGCUGCGGACACCCAACUGGUGGACGAUGGACGUGGCGAGCGCAUUAUCUAUCGCAUCUGUGGCGAUCAGUUUGAUCAGCUGCCAGACACCAAAGUUGUGGUUUUCACCACCAACGCCUCCUAUGUGGUCAAGUACACCAUUCAGUGCGCUACUGUUGUGCCUGCUGAUCUGGCUUCCGUGGGCAUAAAGAGCAUCAUCUAUCAGUGGAACGGUUCGGAGGCGUCAGCGGAAACAAUAGCCAAGGCCGACAGCUAUGCAAUGGCCAGUUUUGAGAAGUUGAACGGAGUGCCGAGCAUGUUUGUGCAACUAUACGAGUUCGAUGAGACGCCACACUUCUUGCAACUGUUCGAGGGCAAACUGAUCAUCAUGCGUGGGCAGCGAAGUGAGUUGCUGCACUCGAACAACAACAUGAGCUGGGACUUUAAGACGAACAUUAUGUUGGAGACAUUUCUGCUGAAGGUGUAUGGCGAUGCCAGCUAUAAUGGCAAAGCUGUCGAGGAGCAUCGGCUAUCAUCGAUUAGCUCCAAGGAUUGCUAUGCCAUCAAAACGAAUCAUGUGUGGGUCUGGUGCGGUCAGAGCAGCACUGGCGAUGCUCGAGAAAUGGCCAAGGCUGUGGGCGGUCUGCUGGGCGAGAGUUCGCUGGUUCUGGAGGGCAAGGAGAGCAAAGAGUUUUGGCAAUCGGUGGCCAUGUACUUCAAUCAGACGCUCGUCAUCAAUGGCCAAUCCUCGGCAAGCAGCACUACGAGCAGCAGCAGCAGCAGCGGCGCCGGCAGCAUGUGCAACGGCAGCAGCAAUGGUGGUGGCAACAUUUCACCCACAUUGAGCAAUAAUUGCUAUCUAAACACCACAGUGCCCCUCAAGCCACGCCCACCCGUCCAACUCUUUCUCGUCUGGUGGCAGCAAUCCCAGCUACGCUGCGAGGAGAUCUUGGGCUUUGAGCAACAGGAUCUGUGUGCGGAUUGCACUUAUAUCCUUGACACAGGCACCUUGGCCUAUGUCUGGCUCGGCUCGCGGGCGCUGAGUCAGGAGCGGGAGCGUUACAUAUCGAUUGCACAGUGCUAUGUGCAGAAUUCACCAUUUGGCAGACGAUCGGCGACCGCUUUGGCUGUUGUGCGACAAUAUGCCGAACCGAAUGUCUUCAAGGGCUUCUUUGAGACGUGGGACAAUGAGUGGGGCAAGAAUUUCCUUGGCUACGAUCAACUGCGUCAGAAACUGGGUAGCGUGGCGCCCAGCAAUUGCCUCAAACAGGACUCGGCUCUGCUGCUCAACAACAGCCAAAAGGAUUUCGAUGGACACAAGAAAUAUCCGUUGCCGGUGUUGGUGCAAGAAAUGGACAUGCUGCCACCCGAAAUUAAUCCGUUAAGGCGUGAGGUUCACCUCACGCAUGAUGAUUUUGUUGCCGUCUUUAAGAUGUCCUUUUAUGAGUUUGAUGAGCUGCCCAAGUGGAAAAAGCAGGAACUUAAAAAGCUCUACAAACUGUUUUGAGGCCAAUAUUGUGGAAUUGUUGAAACCUCUCACACACACCCAUACACACACACACACACUGUAUAUAAUACACUUCAAUUGGCUUUCUUUUACCUAGCUGGUAUAGUAAUAAAGCAGCGUUAGUUAUAUAUAUAUAUAUAUAUAUAAAAUAUUCCCCAUACU